UGGUACUUCAUGAUUUCUUCCUUUGCUCUACAACCAAAGAUUUGGUCCCAAAAUUCUAUGCCAGCACAAAGGUUGCUAUUCUUCUCAUUAUGACACACGCACAGUAUGAAAGUGUCCAACUCUGGAGGGAGCAAAUUGAUGAGUUGCACUGUGAUGAUGCCACUGAGAUGAAGGACGUACAGACAAAUUUGCACACAUCACCACCUGUCUAUGCAACUGAUGAGGCAAGCAACACUACGCACUCUGAGUUACCAAGUCGACACCCGAAGAAGCCACGCAGCCCCAGUCACACUACCAGUAGCCCGACUAGCAGCCGAGCCCACAAACGUGUUAAGGAGAAUGAUCAUAAUACUACUUACCAAACGCAGGGCAUUGAGACUAACGACUCGGAGCAGGAUCCAGAACAGUCUACCACCUCUCAAUCUCUGUUGUCGAUGUCAAUGUCGAUGUUGGCAGUAGAGACACAUCUCCCCAGUCGCAUCAGUAGCCUGUUACCUGCAACUCCACGGCUUUUCCUACCCAGUCAACAACAACUCGAGGCUGCCAUGAAAGCUCAGGGAAGCAUCCGAAAACAAGCUUCAGCCGUUUGCAAGUACAACUCGAACACGUUCCGAGUGUACCAAAUUCGCUCCGUCAAGUUUCAAGACAUCAUCACAACUCCACUCGACGUCACGUCCUCCCCUUUCGACCUUGUCUCAAUCUCCAUAGACUCCAAUGCAAAGUCAAUGAUAGGUACUGCCGGAAGCUUCAAAACAUGCCAUCCGGCUCUUUUGCAUACUACUUCAUUGAGUGCUACACCUGGGCCAUCAACUUCGCAAUCUUCCAUUUUCACAGCAAUGCACGUCGUAGCCAAGCGUGUCUUUUUCCGAAAACGUGACGGGAACUCCAAGCGUCAAAGGUUUUCCAAAGAAGAUGAACUUGGGAGGACGCUCGAUGAGGCCAACUGCCUAUACUGGGCUACCUGUUUGAUGUCUCUCAUCUACAUUUUUGUUGACGAAAUGCUUCAGACGCAGACUGUAAAGCAGACUGUUGCAAACGAGAUCCCUCGCCUCCGACUCGUCUAUGCUGCAGUUGCUAUCCCUGAAGACGUUUCGGACCGCGCUGGAGCAGCAUACCUAUUAGAAGAAAGAAUUGAGGGCAAGUUUAUCAAGUAUAUUAACAACAAUUCUGCUGCUCCUGCUCAUCAUCUACGGGGCAAAGAGGAAAAAAUAGGGUUGUUUCUAUGCUUUGCCCAGCACGUGCAAUAUCAGCUCACAAAUGAAGUCGUGUAUCUGUCUAAUUUCCAAGGUUCUGGGGACCUCCUCACUGACUGUCAAGUUAUGACAGGACCGUUCGUUGUAUUCCCUUUGUCUUUGAGUAAUGCUAAGUUGGUUACAGUGAUUACAUGACUAACUUCGGUGAAGGAAAUUGCACCGAGGCAUUUCGCACAUUCAAAACAACUCAUAAAUGCAACGUCUUUUGUCGAGUGUUUGAUUUGCAGCCCUUCAUCAUAGCUGAGCAAGACUAGGCUCCAGGCUCUGUAUAUACCACUAUUUUGAAUGUGUAUCCUUAAAGUAAACGAGGGCGUCGAGAUUCUUCCCCGCUUUGUCCGACAUGAAAAUUUGAGAUACGCGUUUGAGAUCG